CCGGCUGGCGGCGGCUGUAGGCGGUGGACCCACGGCUCGGCUGGCGCCAACACCUCGUUCCUUCCCAGGCCACCGGUUUCCUUUUUGUUUCUCCGGGCGGCGAUGGUCGCCGGUCCGGCGCGGCGGCUGCGGGCGCACGGACUCCCGCGCUCCUAGUCACCUCUCGGGCCUCGACUCUCGUCCCGGGCAGCGGCCCGCGCCCGCCGCAGCCGAACUUGGGCUCGGGGAAGCCGGUGGACAGCGCGCGUCCUGCACGGGAGCCGGGGCAUGGUCUAACAGCCUGGUCAAGUUUGUGCAUCAGCCCCCAGUGGUUCUGACUCCUGCUCUGUCUUGGUCUCUGCUUGGCCCCAGGUAUAGUCGCCAGCCCCGGUCGCCAUGGGCAAGCAGAACAGCAAGCUGCGCCCUGAGGUACUGCAGGACCUGCGGGAGAACACGGAGUUCACUGACCACGAGCUGCAGGAGUGGUACAAGGGCUUCCUGAAGGACUGUCCCACUGGCCACCUGACCGUGGACGAGUUCAAGAAGAUCUACGCCAACUUCUUCCCCUAUGGCGAUGCUUCCAAGUUCGCAGAGCAUGUCUUCCGUACCUUUGACACCAACGGCGAUGGCACCAUCGACUUCCGGGAGUUCAUCAUCGCGCUGAGCGUGACCUCUCGGGGCAAGCUGGAGCAGAAGCUCAAGUGGGCCUUCAGCAUGUACGACCUGGAUGGCAACGGCUACAUCAGCCGCAGCGAGAUGCUGGAGAUCGUGCAGGCAAUCUACAAAAUGGUGUCCUCUGUGAUGAAGAUGCCCGAAGAUGAGUCCACUCCGGAGAAACGGACAGACAAGAUCUUUAGGCAGAUGGACACGAACAAUGAUGGCAAACUGUCUCUGGAAGAAUUCAUCAAAGGUGCCAAGAGUGACCCGUCCAUCGUCCGGUUGCUGCAGUGUGACCCCAGCAGUGCUAGUCAGUUCUGAGGGGACGGGCCUCUGGACAGUUGCCGAGAAGCACAGGCUUGUCUUGCCGUUUUCAGCUUUGCUUGCAAAAGUGGAUGCCCCUGCUGUCCUGUCUGCUCUCCCGGGACUGGGGCCCAAGCAACACAUCACACCUACCCGGCCCAGCUGGCUGCACCUUCCUCCUCCACCUGACCAGUGUGAUGUCCCUCCCCUCCAGUCCAGCCUGGCCCCUUCCAGAGCAACUCCCAGGGAUGUGAUUCCACCCAGGGUUCAUGUGUCCCCAGUUCCCGGGUUUUUCUCGGCCUGCAGACGACCCAGAGGUCAAUAUCAAGGAUACCAGGAGGAACCUUCCAGUAUCAUAUGGAGGCCAGCUAAUUUAUUUUGUGAUCCCAGGUGACUUGAUAGGCUAGGUGGGGAUGAAGACAGACGAAGAAUAGACAGGCAAGCCCUUCCCGUGCAUGGCUCCACCUCCCUUGUUCAUUUUCUGACCAAAGCCGCUUGCACGUAUAUAUACUGUGGUCUCCUUUCUUCAAAUAUAUAAGUUAUGUGUUUGGUGAAGUGGAAUGCAUCGUGUAGGUCCCGUAUUUAAUGCCUCUGAUUGCUUCUGAAGCAUGGACCCUUGUGGCCUGUGAUCCCUCCUCCGAACCUGACCUUUGUGGUAUUUAUGCAUUCCCAAUCUGCCUGGUUCUACAGGAGAUGCAUGCAUGGCUGGGGCUGUGGACACCCGCCUGUCCUCUGUGAUACGAACACAGGUGUUUGUGUGUGCUCUGUCUUCCCUUGUUGACUGGUCUGGCGUUUCUGGUAUUAAAUGAUCGAAUAAACGGA